GUGUCACAACCUCUUUCUGGCUCUCCUGUCCGCUUGUCAGCUGCACGCGACGCGCCGCAUCCAUCUGUUACCUGUUAUCUUGUGAGGGAAAACAGCAAUACCAGACGACCACGAACGGACAAUGUAAUCCUCCAAUUUGGACUCGAAAGCGGGGCGUUUGUUUCUACACCGGAAGGCGACGAGGCGUGAAGCUGUCUGCCCGUUGGCGCCCUUUUGUCAACUCCUCGAAAAGUGGAUGGUCCGCCUAGGCAAAGAGAGCGAUGAGCUGGGCCGAGGAGGACUGGACCGCAGGCCUGUCGGGACGGGUUCUGCAAAAGGUGAAGGAAUUGCAGACCCACCACGAGCGUCUGUCCAGAGAGAACAAGCAGAAGCAGCUGCAACUGGACAACAUCCACGUUAGCCAUGACAAACAAACUGUCAAGUAUGAGGAGGUGCGUGUGGAGCUCCACGCGGUGCGCAAGGAGCUCCAGAGUGCCUGUGAGGAGGCUCAGGUGGCAGUGAACGGCGGGCAUCGCCUCACCCAGGAGCUUCAGACCAAACAGGCCCAAGUCUGUUCUUUGGAGGGCCAGCUCGAAGCCUCCCGGUCCCUCAACAACAAACUUACCCAGGAAAUUAAAAGGCUGGAGGCAGAGCUAGAGAAGCUGCAAAACAGCAACAGAUCUGCUGACAGCACUCCUUUCUCCACACCCUGCUGGAGUACAAGCUCGCCAUGGGAUCACCACGGGAGCCGAAAGGAUGAGAGGACGGUGCAGAAUGAGGAGUCGCGCAGCUCCCCACCCAUUCGACUGCGGCUCCAGUUCCCCGACGCUUCAGCUGCCUCGCUGCCGCGGCAACCCAAGACCACGCCCCGCAGCCGCCCAUCGAACCAAUCCGACUCUUUCGCCACUCCCUUGGCUGCGUUUCCGUGGGAGCGGGAUGACCCCAGGCCAGCGGCCAGGAGAGCAUCUCCGUCAUCUCCCCAGACGCCCGCUGCUGACCGCUGGUCAAAGAAGGAGGCACCCGAGAGGGAGAAAGACCUUAGCCCACAAGCAGACACGUUUUUGUCACAAAUGCGGCGUCAUACGGCGUCUCUGGAGGAAGAGCUGAGUGUAAAGGCGGAGACGCUGAAGUUACUUCACGACGAAAUGGCACAAGGCAAGAAGAAGAUGGCCUCCACAGAGCUCAGCCUGCAGAGAGCGCACAACGAACUCAGUGUGGCGCACACACGAAUCAGUCAGGAGAGCGAACGGGCAUUGGGAGCCGAGCAGAGGCUCAAGCAGCUUCAAGAGGAGCUCAAAUGUCAGCGGCAGAAUGCUGAGAGCAGUCGACUGCAGCACCAACAGCGCACUAAGGAGCUGGACAAGCAGCAUCAGCGGGAUCUGAUGGAGCUUCAGAUGGAAAAGCAGUGCAUGGAGAAGCAACAUCACCAGGAAGUGAAUAAACUCACCCAGGAGCUGCAGCAGGCCAGGAUGCUUCACAAUGCCCUGCAGGCCCAAGCUGACAAGCUGUCUCAACAGAAGCUGAUGCUGGAGAAAGAGUUGGAGUCUUUGAAGGAGAAAGUCAAAUUCACAGAGGGACAGCUGCAGGAGAGCCAGAAAAAGGAAACACACAUACAAGCAGAACUGAAGAAGGUGAGGCUUGAUGCAGAGGCUGUGGCAGCAAGUCUGGAGCAGAGCAAGAAGAGAGAGCGAGCGCUGGAGCAAGACGCGAGCAAACUGGCAGAAGAGCGAGCGGAUGCUCUUCGUCUUCUCAAAGAACUGCACGAACAAAAGGCUGCAGCUCUCCCAGAUUGCACACCGCUUGUCCCGAUUUGCCCUGUUGGACAGAGCUUCUCAUCUCAACUCUCCUCUCACCACACUCGACCAUCUGCGUACACCAAGAGGCCUUCCACCCCACGAGCUGAGCCGAGGGUGCUGAAACAAGAGGAAGAGGUCCAGCACAGGGCAGGGAUUUCCGUGUCAUACCCACCUGACAGAGAGCCCGGAGAAGGCAUUGAUUCAGAGCACAUCAUUGCAGACACUGAGUGUUCCUACCAAGGAAGAAACUAUGAGGAUAAAGAGUCUUCGAUGUCUAACAAUGCCCCGGCUAAAGUGGAGAAAGACGCAAUCAUUCUCAAUACUCUGAAGUCUGAACAGACGACAUGCACCGAUGACCUCCAGAGGGAGAACGCCUCAUUGCGUUCGGAGCUGUGUGACGUGCGCGAAGAGCUUCAGAAGCGACUGGAUGACCUGGAAGUCCAACGACGUGCUGAAGUGGAGGCCAGGACGCGUCUUAAACAGCUCCGACGUAAACACGCCAGCCAGGGUGCAGAGAGAGAGGAGCAGGACAAUCAAUGGAAAGCUCAGUUCGAGAGGGAGAAGAGCGAGAACGACAGGUUGAGGGAGACCUUGACAGCUUUGGAGAAAAGGGAGGAACAGAACGGGACCGGGCAGACACAAGAGGACCGGGAUACGGAAAUGAUGCAGCUUACCUUCCAGCUGAAGCAGCAACUUGGGGAAGUGAAAGUGCAACUGGCUUUAGAACAAGAAAGGAGAGAGAGAGAAAACGACGAGCUGACUCAAAUUACUGCUGCUGAGAGAGAAGCAAAGGUAGAAUUGAGCACCAGGCUGGAAGAACUAACAGCUCAGCUUGCUGAACUGAAGAGCAGCAAAGAUGAAGAAUCUCUACUAGGUGAUAAUUUGGUAGCCAACGGGCCACUGACAUGCCCGACACUCCACAGUGACAGACGCCAUUCCAACGUCACCGUCUCUGACAACCAGGUGCCAUCACCGGAGCACGAUGCCCACUUCCGUCAAUCGACCAAUCAGCUCAGCACGCUGGCAACACAACAGUCUCAGCUGUCACGAUCGGGGCCGGUGGCCUCAGAUUUGAAAGACAUCUCUUCCCAUCAUAUCGCCAAGGACGAGACGUCGUCCUCCGACCUCAUCAGGGAGAUUGAACGACUGAGGGCAGAAAAUGCACAGGAGACGGAACGUGCUGAGCACCUCCAAAUUAAAUUGACUGCCCUUCAAAAUCAGUUGACCAGUCAGACCAAGCAGCUGACCUUGGGCUUUGAGAAGCAGAGCCAGUAUGUCUUGGGACUUCUCGCUGAACUGCAGGAGAAGGACGGCGCCCUCCUCUGCCAGGGAGAAGAACUGCAACGCUGCAUUCAAGAGCUGGAUGCACUCAAGGACAAGAUAACGGGAGAGCACGGGGGAGCGGGAAGAAAAAAGGACAACAUUUGCGAGGUGGAGAUUGGAGGCCUAAUGGAGGAUGCUCUUGACUCACUGAGUCCUUUAGAGCCCCUAUCAAAUUGUAAAACAGAGUUUUCUGUCACUUCAAAACCCAAUGACGCGGGCGAUGUAGCGAUUCAGCCACAUGGCUUCGAAGGCUCUGAAAGAACUCUAAGCAUCAAUGGCGGUGCUGAGUGCGAUCCAGAUAACAGACAACCAUUGGUGGUUGCUUCCCGACCUCGUCACCAUGAGGUUCAAGUUCUCAAACAAAGUACACAGACUCGCAUCCCGUCAGACUCGGGAUGUGUGGUCUUGUCGACCAUACCGGGUGUGUCACAUGACAUCACUUCAGCGAUCGGAAGCAGUCAGGAUGAGAUCAUCGACAAGCUGCAGACACAGGUGGUGGCGCUGCAAAGGGAGCUCCAGAAACUCACUGAGGUGGCCCAUCAGCAGGCUGAAGAGUUGGCCAUCUGGAGACUGGCUUCUCAACCCUCCUCUGCGUUGGAUCUGGUCCUUCCCAGCCAAUCGGAAACACCAACGCAGUACAGCGCCGAAGAUCCUAGCGCAGCGCUUGUCGUCAGAAGAGAGGAUGAGGUGUUGCUCUCUUGCAUCUCCAGCAGGCUGCAAGGUCGCAUGCUCUGCACCAGCAUGCAACAGAAAAAUAUGCCAGGGAAUAGCGUCCUCCAUGCCCCGGCUGACAUGAGCCAACCAUCAGAAAAGGAUCCAAAGCCGUCAGAACCGUGUUCAAGCCUGCACAAGCUGUCCGAUCAACACACGGCUCAGAAACACGUCAGCAAAGUCUCUCCGCAAACAUCCGAUGUCGACUUAAGUGGCUGGACAGCGACCAAACACUUGAGCAUAAGCACCGACUGCCCGGCCAUAAGUGUUAGCACUCAAACUGAGCAGCUGUGCCCCGGUGGCACUGAGUCGGCACCUGAGUGCCACUGCGCGCACACGCAGACUGAUACUGGGACCGAGACCGAGGAGGAAGAGUUAGACGACGCUUCCCCACACGUACCUCAAGCUGCGCCAUCUGCGGGGCAAAAGACAGGAGACAAAAUGCUCUUUUCCUCUUCCUUCCCCAUCCCGGCCGACCCCGUGCGUCUGGCGGAGCGCAUACGGCGAAACAGGACGCAGCUGUCUGCCGCUUUUGACGACACCGAAUAUGAACCCUACGGUCUCCCGGAAGUUGUCAUGAAAGGUUUUGCAGACAUCCCCACUGGACCUUCGUGCCCCUACAUUGUGAGGCGGGGCUUGUUAGGGACUGCUGUUGUCCCCAUCGAUCAGAAGGAGGCCAACCUGGAGGAUGAGACGGAUUGAUUGGCAAUCACAGAGUCAUUCCAUGGUCACAUGUGCAAUCACUGGUGGAAAUGAUCGCCAGUGAUGGAAGGCGUGGGCACCCGUGGGCUAGAACACACACACAAACACGCACACCUCCACUGUGCGCCUGAUGUUUUACUUACCUUUAUUUCUAGUCUUGACAGUCACAACCUAUGUUUAGCAAUGCACCAAACGUCAUUAAGUGAUGAUUUGUUGCUGUUUCUACACCACAGACCCCCCCCCCCACCUAACUUUACUUUUACUGUUCUUUUUUUAAUUUUACUUUCACUAACUUUUCAUGAAGUCGUGGUGUGGAGCUGCGGUGAAGAAGUGACUUUUAUUUUUUGCAAAAGAAGAUGAAUUUGUUCGGCCUUCAGGGCUGAAGGGAGUCGGUUCUAAAAAUGUGACAUUUAUGCUGUUGAUUUCCUCGUGGAGCUUAUUUAUGGACACGUGAAUGUGUUUUAGCGAAGACCAGGUGUUUAGGUAAACGCCUUGUGUGAAAGUCUAGCGUGUGUGGAGGAGGUUAGCAAUGUUUUUAAACACGUCUUUUUCUGGAUUGUGUGUGUGUGUGUGUGUGUGUGUGUGUGUGGGAGUAGUAGUCGGCGGCUAACCUGCUUUCCGCUCCAUGUAUGGUGAUGUACAGCAAGCCAGCGCUCCUCUGGCGCUUUGCUUUUGAUGCACUUGUCGGUCCAAUCUGUUGUUGCAGAAAGCCAAGUCUGUGUUUUAUUCGCACAAGCUGCUCAAUAUCAUCAGAUAUGUUGUGUUGAAAGGGUUGUUGUCCAAGUUUAGCGGACUUCCCUCGAAGACUUGACCACUUUAGUUAAAGGCUUUGCUGCUGUGAUUUACGUUUAAAAAAAUGAGUUGUUUUUUUUUUAAAUUUCGAUUUGCAAAGAUAGGUUGGACUGUUACUCCAUUGGCUCAAGUCAUCUCAGCGCACGCGCGUGCGCAUUCGCACGUUUCCCCUUGGCCCCUGUGGGAUGUGUCGUCUUUUUGUUCGUGAUUGUGAACAAGGGAUCUGCUUGUGAAUCUUGUUUACUCUUAAUGUGAAUUUAUUCCAAAAUUAAAAAUUUCACAGUCCAA